CGAGGGGGCGCUGUCUUCAGAAGUGUUUUGAUUUUGUAAGUGAAGUGUGGUUUAGAGUUGCAGUUGUUUAUUUGUAGAUUCCUUUUUCAUUCGAAUUUUUGUAAAUUUGUGAUGAGAACUCUAAUUUAACAAGAUGGCAGGAAGAAUUCAAAAACUGGUAGCUAUUGGAGGAAGUAGUAUUCUUACGUAUUACGGAAUAUCAUAUUAUCUAGAAAAACAAACAAAGGCUGACGAGAAAUCAGUGAAAGCAGAUUAUCAGGAACAUUAUGAUAAUACUCAACAACUAUUUAAGUCUACCAGACCGCUUCCCACUCGACGCGACUUGCUGAAAUCCCUGAAAGAGACACCAGAAUUUGAUGUUUUGGUCAUCGGAGGUGGUGCAACUGGUUGCGGAGUUGCUUUGGAUGCAAUCACGAGAGGCUUAAAUACUGCACUAGUAGAAAUGGAUGACUUUUCAUCUGGCACAAGCAGCCGAAGUACAAAGUUAAUACAUGGAGGUGUAAGAUAUUUACAGAAAGCCAUCUUAAAUUUUGACAUGGAACAAUAUCGCAUGGUAAAAGAUGCGUUACAAGAAAGAGCAAAUUUACUUUACAUAGCACCUCAUCUUUCUUCUUCGAUGCCCAUUAUGCUUCCUCUUUAUAGGUGGUGGCAAGUACCCUACUAUUGGGUUGGCAUCAAAGUUUACGAUUUUGUCGCCGGAAAUCGUCGACUGGAUUCCAGCUAUUAUUUAAGCAGAAGCAAAGCACUAAAUUUGUUUCCUAUGUUAAAGAAGGAAAAACUUUUUGGAGCAAUUGUUUAUUAUGAUGGCCAGCACAAUGAUGCUCGUAUGAAUUUGGCCAUAGCUUUAACUGCAAUAAAGUAUGGAGCUACCCUAGCAAAUCAUGUUAUGGUCACUGGAAUAAAUAAAACAAAGGAUUGCGAUGACAAAGAUAAAAUAUGUGGAGUUCACUGCGUAGACAUUUUAACAGGAGAAGAAUUUAAUGUCCGUGCCAAAACUGUCAUCAAUGCAACUGGCCCAUUUAUCGACAGAAUAAGACACAUGGACAAUCCUUCACUAUCCUGUAUAUGUCAACCAAGUUCUGGAGUUCACAUCACACUUCCUGAAUAUUACAGUCCUACCAAUAUGGGAUUGUUGGAUCCUUCAACCAAAGACGGCCGUGUUAUUUUCUUUCUUCCUUGGGAGAAACAUACUAUUGCAGGUACUACGGAUCAUCCGACUGAAGUAACUCAUCAUCCCGCACCAACUGAAGAAGAUAUUGAGUUCAUAUUAAGUGAAAUUAAGGGAUACUUAAGUGAAGAUAUUAUGGUUAGGAGAGGUGAUGUACUAAGUGCCUGGUCAGGUAUUCGUCCAUUGGUAAUAGAUCCUAAUAAAAGUGAUACGCAGUCUAUAGCAAGAAACCAUAUAAUUGAAAUCAGCAAAUGUGGUCUUGUCACAAUUGCAGGUGGUAAAUGGACAACUUACCGUUUAAUGGCAGAAGAAACAGUCGAUGCCAUUCUGGAAGCAAAUCCUGAUCUAAAGUUUGCUUCAGAAUGUAAAACAAAAGGACUACUUUUAGACGGAGCACACGAAUGGAGUCCUACAUUAUUUAUUCGUCUAGUACAAGAUUAUGGUCUUGAAAGUGAGGUAGCUCAACAUCUUUCCACGUCCUAUGGAGAUAAAUGCAUAGAAGUAGCUAAGAUGGCCUCUCUAACGGGCAAAAAGUGGCCUGUUAUUGGUUGCAGAUUACAUCCGCUGUUUCCUUACAUUGAAGCAGAGGUGCGAUAUGCAAUAAAGGAAUAUGCAUGCACUGCUGUAGACGUUGUGGCCCGUAGAUUUCGUCUGUCAUUCUUAAAUAAUGAAGCAACUCUUGACAUAUUACCUAAAAUAAUUUCCAUUAUGGCAGAAGAAUUAAAAUGGAGUAAACAGGAACAAAAGAAACAACUCGAACAGGCCAUGGAGUAUUUAAAUACCGAAAUGGGUCAGAAUGUCAACAGGUUAUCAAGACAGGAUGUCUGUGAGAGUUUAACAGAAGAAGAAAUUUGUACUUUUAAAGAAAAAUUUAAUGCUAUAGAUAAAGGUCGUAAAGGCUACAUUUCUGUUGUCGAUUUAAGUCAGAGUUUGAAGGAAUCAGGAGAACAUAUUUCAGAAAGCAAACUGCAUGAAAUCUUAAAUGAGGUAGAUUUAAACAAAAAUGGAUUCAUAGAGCUGGAUGAAUUUAUGGAGCUUAUGUGUGCCAUAAAAACUGGUGUCAUUUCACAGAGCAGACUGGCCAGACUCGCUGAUAUUGUAAAUGAACGGAAAGGUAGCCAAAUGACUGCAGAAAGAAGCGGAGGGGGAGUGUGAAUAACAGUCACAAUUAAAAAUUUGGUUAUAUAAUCAUCGUAGAAAUCAUAAAUUCCAUUUUAUCCGUGUUCAAGACUCAAAAUUUCCAUCAGUAGAAUUCUGUGCCUUAAUUCGGCCUUGUGAAAGUUGAUGUUCGGAAUGAAAAAUUUAAGAAUGAUUUUUGUUUGUUGCUUUUUUUUUGCAUGAAGUUUUUUUUAUAACUAAUUGUUAAAAAUUCAAAA